AUGUCUCUCAAGGUCCUCAUCUAUGCCUACCGUAAACCCGGUCUCUCCCUCGAGGAGUUCAAGAAACACUACGAAGCUCACGUCGACCUCGUCAAACAUCUCUCCGGCGAGGACUUCCCUCUCUCCCACAGGCGCAGUUAUGUCGCGCGCAACACUGUCGAGACCCCGGUCGGGGAUGCUAGUGGCCGCAAUCCCCUGACCCCCGCCACGGUGCUUCUCGGACAACAGACCGACUUUGACUUCGAUGCUUAUGCCGAGCUCACCUUCGCCGAUCAGGCUGCGUUCCAAGCUUUCGGUGCGAAGGUGUACGCCCCUGAUGCCGCUGCUCAGAUUGCGGCCGAUGAAGCGAAGUUCCUGGAUAAGUCGAAGCUUGUGAUGGCCAUGCUUGGGGAUGUCAUCGAAACUACCAGAUAA